AUGGCCACCCACUGCAAUUAUUCCCACCAUUUCACUCGCAAACCAUGUGUUGAGAAAUUUAAUCGUAGGAUUCCGUUUUCAACAGUCCAUAUCAUCCACUCUAACCAAACUCAUCUAUUUCCCAUCUAUUCUAUACCACUGAAGCUCUCAGUUCCCAGAUUGAACGAGAGAGUUUCAGCUGUUGUAUCAGACGAGCAAGUGAUUGAGUCGAGUGACUCGGAGUCUGAUGUUUUUAAACUCACUUAUUUGGAGGGUAAUAGCUGGUUAUGGGAAGUUGGAGGGGCAAAAAUAUUGGUUGACCCAAUCUUGGUGGGUAAUUUGGACUUUGGAAUUCCAUGGCUAUACGAUGCUGCAAAGAAGUUUUUGAGAAAUUUUAAGCUUGAUGACCUUCCUGAACUCGACUGCUUACUAAUCACGCAAAGCCUUGACGAUCACUGCCACUUGAAGACAUUAAAGCCCCUUUCUAAAAAAUUAUCGAAUUUGAGUGUUAUUGCCACUCCCAAUGCUAAAGCGCUUUUGGAUCCUUUAUUCAGCAAUGUUACAUACCUAGAGCCUGGUCAGGAAUCAGAGAUCAAAGUCAACAAUGGUUGUAAUGCUGUCAACAUUCGAGCCACUGCAGGCCCCACUUUAGGCCCACCUUGGAAGCGGCCCGAGAAUGGCUACAUUGUCAUAUCUCCAAAAGGAAAGCUGAGGCUUUACUAUGAACCACACUGUGUUUACAACGACAAGUUUUUGGCGAAAGAACGUGCCGACAUUGUUAUUACACCUGUUAUUAAACAACUUUUGCCAAAUUUCACUUUGGUAUCUGGACAAGAGGAUGCAGUCAGGCUUGCAAAGUUGCUCCAGGCCAAGUUUGUUGUUCCAAUGAAAAACGGCGACCUAGAUAGCAAAGGUCUUCUUUCUGUUCUUGUUCAAAGUGAAGGAACCAUGGCAUCUUUCAAGGAAAUUUUGUCGAAAGAACUACAGGAUGUGAAGGUAAUUGAGCCUACACCUGGUGUACCACUGGAUAUUUCACCACCAGUGAGCAACUAA